AUGGUACGCAAACGCAGUGAUGAUAGUGAGGACGAGGAUCAGCUGUGCGUGGAGGAGGCGGCUCAUAAGUGGGGAGAGGCCGUAGACUGUCAGGCGUGUCCAGUAGAUGAGCCUGAGGUCAUGACUUUCCGGAGCGCUGUUUCGCUGCUGGUGCGGUAUCAGAUGGUGAGAAUGUUCGAGUUGAGUGACAGGUUCCGGCUUUCUCUAUGGACGUUUGACCGUCUUCUUGAGGCCUCGUUGCCGAGGGUUUACGCUCUGCUGAGGGCGGCUUUUGACGGUCUGGGAGUCCCCACGUCAUUUUAUGCAUCGUCGUGGUUUCUUACGUUGUUCGCAUCGGAUUUGCGAGAUGAGGAGGAGGCUAGUGAGAGAAUCUUGGAUAUGUUU